CCUCCCUCUCUUCCCUCUCUUCCCUCUCUUCCCUCUCUUCCCUCUCUUCCUUGAGGGAUGUCUACCCUCUACCCUCUACCCUCUUCCCUGUCCAUCCUGUCUACCCUGCCCUGCCACUCACCUACUCUACCUUCAAACCCUCCCAGCCCUCCUUCCUCUCCAAAAAGAUUCUUCCACCUAUUCACCACUCUUCAACCAACCUCUUCAUCCUACCUACUACCACAAACUCCCGACAAUCCACCCAACCAGACCGGCAAAUAUCAUUCAUCACCCAUCCCACCGACCAAGAACCCAUCCACCCAAAGCCAACCGGAACCCGACAGACCCAACGACGGGAGUCCUGCCAUUCACCACGACACAUACUACAGGACACAGCCUUGGAUGGCCGUAUCCACCAUUACACAGCGCCGGGCGAGUACUCUUGCAUUUACCACACCCUCACCACCGCUGAUUCUCGAGUCAAUGCCCUCGCCGUAACACGCCGCCUACGGCAAACGAGUCCGAAUAAACCGCUAGCAUGCGGCCUCCCGCCGCAGCAGGGAGGCAUCCGUCGCCGCUACGCCGGCGUGAGAAGUCGCCGGUGAAGCAAGCUGGAGAGAGUGCAUAUCCGUAUGAGCACCCCUCGUCGAGAGCGAGGCCGUCAUGGAGGACAGAGCCAGAAGAGGACGAUGGGUUCGACGAGGACGAGGAGGAGGAUCUUUACGGGCUAGAACCUUCAUGUACGGAGAGGUCGUCGGGGCAGGCUUCAUAUACGCAGAGGUCGUCGGGGCAGGCUUCAUAUACGCAGAGGUCGUCGAGGCAGGAGCCGCUAGACAGGCGAAGUAUAGAGCCGGACGGUAUACAUCUCGAGGACGACCUAGGUGAAGACAUCGACCUCGACACGGUCUCGCGGUUGGCAUACGCCUUCAGUCGACGGUCCGGGACGCAGCGUGACCCCUCGAUGACGUCGCUCCGCGAUAUCGGGCGGAGGGGGCGGACUGCGUGUUCGGUUCUUGUUCAGAGCAAGGGGAAGGGGAAGUACGCGGGGAUUGCACAGGUGGCGCCGCUGGAGUCGAUAUCGGAGUCGGUAGCGACGUCGAUGCCAAGGUCGAGACCUGUCGCUUUCGACUACCGGGCACGACGGGCGGACUCACCUCCGCCGAUACCUGCGCCCAUGGGGGAUGCGAUCGAGGCCGACCACCCGUUCUCAGACACGUACUCGGCUUUCUACCUCACGCCCCUGCCGUCUCUAACCACAACAUCUUACUCCGCCCCCCUCCCCGCCGCGAAACGGUAUACAAACCACUAUAUAAACCGAGCCACCAUCGUCCUACCACACACAACGGCGAUAAUAAUCGCUGAAUCCGCCAACACCUCUCCAACCACCACCACCGGCACUACUACCACAACUACCACCACCAACCUCGCCACAACUUUGAUAUCCACAUCAACCACCACAGCUACCACCGCCGCCGCCCAAACACACAUAACAACCAUCCUUCCCCCCGCCGCCCUCACCCCCGACCCUCCCCCCCUCGAAGAAGAAGACGAAGGAUUCUCCGAACCCACCGUGGUCGAGCGGCUCGCAGCGCUAGAACGGGAACGGGAGCAAGCUUUUCUCGCGGGUCUAUCGCGCACGUGCGGGCGCGUUGCUGUGCGGAGAGGGGUGGGCGAUCUAGGGAUGGAUGGGGGAGGAGGAGGGAGGGAGGCGGCGUGGGUGGUGAGACCGAGGGUUCGGAAGAGGAUUAGUAAGAGGAAGGGGGGGGGGAGGGAUCCUUGAGGGGGGUGGGGGGGGUGGGGGGGUUGUGACUGGGAUCACUUACUACCAUCGUUGAAUGACCGACAGCGGUAUAUUUGGCGAAACUGCUACGUCCUAGACGGACCUACCAAUCUCACCCCAAGAAGACCGGGUUGAGGUUCUUCCAUCCCUUUUUCAUUUCAACAAGCAUUAGCAAAGCGUGGAGCGUUCUUUUUUACUUUCAGCAAAUGACCAAAUGGACGACAUGAUGGACGGACGGUGGAGCGUAGAGAAAGGGAAAGGGGUGGCCUGCGUGUUACCAGGUAGGUGCAUUGGCGUGUGUGUGGCGUUCUCGGAUAUUUUUUUGGGGAGAAAGAGGGAUUUGGCGAUGUUAUUUUGGAUACCCAACCUAUGACUUUAUUCAUUUAUUAGUUUUUACGCCAAUUUUUCUCGGUUUUGGGAAGGGGGAUGGAUGGGUUGGACGGCCUGUAUGGAUGCAGAUGCGCUGAGCCAAGAUGGCGGGGGAGGGAAAUGGCGAGGUGGGAAGGGGGAGAUGUAUUAUCCACCGAUUCGCGUGUGUAUACGCGAGAAUCCGGGGGGAAGGGGGGUAUACAGAUACAUAUACAGAUACAGAGAUGGAAAUGGGUCCACGAGGGACGGAUAUGGAUAAAAAUAGGAAACCCAUACACUCACUCCCAACCAACCUACCCAGCCUCAAUCCCGAUUCGACGCGUGAAACCGUCGUGCGUGUCGUGUUUUCUGUGAGAAAUUGAGUGUGUGUGUAUGACGGGCAGAAAGUAUAGCAUAAGUUCAAAGUUUGCUCUCGAGAGGAGGUAGAUAUUCCCCCUUUUCCCCUGCAAAAAAG